AUGACGGUACCGGUUCAGCGCAACUCUUUGGCGGUUUUGCAGCCGCCUAGAUCGCGGUUCAUGAUCACUGAUAUCCUUGCCGGAAGUGGUCCCUCCCCUCCAUCCAACACCGGUCCACCGGAAACGGGUGAUGGUAUCGAAACCCUGACGAACGGCACUGGUGGUCAUACUGCUAUCAACCAAGGGAGUGUGGAGGCCCUGUCGGGCAGCAUCAAUAUUGGUGCGACAGGUGUCUCUCCCAUCGCCGGUAUCAUUAAUGGCAACACGAACGGAAGCGAAGGACGCACGCCAAGCCCGCCCAAUGGUCCGAGGGAUCUCAGCCUCUCGCUUCCUGGACACGGAUCAACGGCGAUGCUACACGCAGGAGCUGGCCCACUCGCACUCCACGCAGCUGCUGCCGCAGCCGCUGCCGCCGCUGCUGCCGCGAUAAACGCUGGUCAUGGUGGCGAAACACAACACAAUCAACAUAAAAAUCCUCACCAUCAUCAUCAUCAUCACCACCAUCACCACGGGCUUGAUGCUCACAGUCUGGCGAGCCAUGGGCUAAUGGAUGAGCACGACCAGGAAAGUGACAGCGAUGAUAGUUGUCCAAUGGAUAACUCCAGUAUAUGCAGCAAUGGUGGAAAAGACGAGGAUGGCAAUAGUAUUAAAAACGGUCUUGGACUUAACACUUCCUCUGGUCUGAGUAAAAAGCAACGCAAAGCUCGCACCGCCUUUACCGAUCACCAGCUACAAACGCUUGAAAAAAGUUUUGAAAGACAAAAAUAUCUCAGCGUGCAAGAUCGAAUGGAAUUAGCUAAUAAGCUCGGGCUGAGCGAUACUCAAGUGAAAACGUGGUAUCAAAAUCGAAGGACUAAAUGGAAGAGGCAAACUGCGGUGGGAUUAGAAUUAUUAGCAGAAGCUGGCAAUUACGCUGCUUUCCAACGAUUGUAUGGUGGACCACCUUACAUCGGGGGAUGGCCUUACCCUACCCCUUCUGGGCCUCCAGGAACUCCUCAAAGCGCGGUAGAUGCAUACUAUAGACAUGCAGCAGCAGCCGCUGCUCUUCAGAAACCUUUACCCUACCGUAUUUAUCCUGGCGUUCCAGCAAUUGGAACGCUCAAUUCCAUUCCGGGUCCAAGUGGUCCAUUUCCUCAUUUAUCUGCCUCCAGUUCACUCUCAACGUUAAGCAGCUACUAUCAAGCCAACAGUGGGCAACAAGCGGGAACAUCAGUGCUUCAGCAACAUCAUCAAACACCCAGCGCUGGACUAAACCAAGGCCGGGAUGGUGGCGCAAAUGCUGGAGUAGGUAGUCAACUCGAUAUUAGCAAUGUCAAUUCCCUUACCAGCAGUAGCAGCCACAGCCUGAGUAGCCAAACUAGACAGAGUCCUAGCCCAAUGCUUAAUCCAGGUAGUCCACCAGGACAAUCUGAAAGUAACCCACCCAAUAGUGAUGAUGAGGAUGAUAACAUUCAAGUAUGA